GGGGGCAAGCUAGUGAUGCGUCAUAGCACUUGGUGAAAAGAGGAGACAAAGGACUAAAAUAGCGCCGAACCUGCAGGUUAACGUGCACCAAUGACCACGAAGUCACUCGUGGUCUCAGAGCUGAGCGCAAAAGUGCCACAGGUGAUAGGAGGUAUGGACACAGAGAUGAGAAAGAUUGAGCGUCCUAUGUGUUGCAAAUAAGUAAUCAAAAACGCUCCAAACAAACUUUGCCAUGUAAGAUUAGCGAGCGAAACAGUGCAGAAACUCUACGAUUUCACCACGUCACUUCUCGGGAGAUCAUGAAACAACAUCGGAUGUGGCUGAGGCGAAGACACGUUGAGGAAGCUGAGGAAAGCCAUCUUCACCGAUGAGGCAGCCAAGUUCGCCUUCGCCUUUCCCUUUACGCACAGGCGAGGUGAGGACGGAGAGCAUCACAUACAUGUAAAGAAAACACCAAUGCGUCAUCCAAGUUGUUGAUCUGCAGCAAACGGGAGAAGCACAACAACAAUUUUGAAUCGAAAAUCAUAAAAGAAGCACAUCAUGGAUGGAGAAGGAGGAUCAUCCGGGCUGGUCAAAUCAGCCGCCGUAAAACUAUCCGAGAUGAGCGAAAGAACCAAGCAGUUAGGCACCGCGAUAAAGGAUCCUCACCAGCAAAGACGGAUCAUAUUAGUGAUUGUUUGCGUGGCUCUCUUGCUGGACAAUAUGCUCUACAUGGUAAUCGUGCCAAUUAUUCCAGACUAUCUUGUUGAGUUGGAGAGUCAGCAGGCAGAGCACGUCCAUGUAGUGAUACACCCAAACUCUUCAGCCAACAGCACAAGCCAAGACAAAAGCAACAAGGACAAUUUAGAUGUUCAGAUAGGAGUACUUUUCGCAUCUAAAGCCAUCCUGCAGCUGCUAGUUAACCCACUGUCGGGAACUUUUAUAGACCGUGUUGGAUAUGACAUUCCACUUUUAAUUGGACUGUCUGUUAUGUUCGUGUCCACUUGCAUAUUUGCAGUUGGUGAGAACUACGCGACGCUCUUUGUGGCCAGAAGUUUGCAGGGUCUGGGGUCUGCUUUCGCGGACACCUCUGGAAUCGCGAUGAUAGCUGACAAAUACACGGAGGAAUCAGAGAGAAGCAGGGCGCUGGGCAUCGCUCUGGCGUUUAUCUCUUUCGGUAGUCUGGUGGCGCCUCCCUUCGGGGGCUUCCUGUACGAGUUUGCCGGCAAGAAAGUGCCCUUCAUCGUGCUCGCCUGCAUUUGCCUGGCGGACGGGGUUCUGGUGCUGACCGUGAUCAAGCCGUUCUCCAACAGGACUAGAGAAAACAUGCCAGUCGGCACACCCAUAUACAGACUCAUGGUUGACCCGUACAUAGCUGUGGUGGCCGGGGCGCUGACAGUGUGUAACAUCCCCCUGGCCUUUCUAGAGCCCACCAUAGCCAACUGGAUGGAGACCACCAUGCACUCCUCUCAGUGGGAAAUGGGGAUCACCUGGCUCCCAGCCUUCUUCCCUCAUGUCCUUGGUGUGUACAUAACUGUGAAAUUAGCAGCAAAGCAUCCACAUUUGCAGUGGUUCUACGGAGCUUUGGGUAUGGUUAUAAUAGGGGCGAGCUCCUGCACAGUCCCUGCAUGUAAAACUUUUGGGCAGCUUAUCGCCCCGUUGUGCGGCAUUUGUUUUGGCAUUGCACUGGUAGACACUGCUCUGUUGCCGACACUUGCGUUUUUAGUUGACGUGCGUCAUACUUCAGUGUACGGUAGUGUUUACGCUAUAGCAGAUAUUUCCUAUUCUGUUGCAUAUGCUAUGGGUCCUAUAGUAGCCGGCCAGAUAGUGCACAAUCUCGGAUUUGUACAACUCAAUUUGGGUAUGGGCCUCGUCAAUGUGCUUUACGCACCAGCCCUGCUGCUGCUGCGCAACGUGUGCCAAAUGAAACCGUCCUACUCAGAGAGAGAUAACCUGUUAGAGGAGGCUCCGCAGGGGCUGUACGAUACUAUCAAGAUGGAGGAGAGAAGAGCUAAAAAGAAGGGCUACAGUUCGGCAGGGAAUUGCUUGUCAGUAGAUGAAAAUGGGUUUGACACCUUCAAAGCACAGCGGUCCUUGUCAGAAGAGUCGUCCGGUCCGGAGAACACUUAACCCGGCCACACUCUUACCGCCCCACGAAACAUUCCCCUAAAGAGAUUUGGAGAUGAGGCAGGUUGUAGUAAAGUAAUUUAAACUUUUAUGUAAGUACCGAUGUGCAAUAUAAACACCCGAUCACCAAAAUCAUGAUGACUGAUCCGCUUUCCAGAGUACAGUAUAUUGUAGAUUUCAUUGUGUCGAACAAGUCUAUGUAGCGUUUGUCAUGGACGUAUAACUGGAGUUUUGUGAGAGAUCAAUAAGCUACUGUUAAAUUUGUGUGUAUCACUGAGUAUUGUAAAAAGAUAUAAAUAGAUAAAUCUGCGUACAAGAUUAUACGGGACCAACUAUAAACAGCACAUUCCCCGUCCUUACACAAAAUAGCCUAUAUUUUUAGUCUCUGAAAAAAAACUUUUUUACUUGCACAUCAAAGGCCUGAUUUUCCUUUUUGGUUGUUAAAAAAAAAUCGUGAAUUUUAAUUUUGUAACAAGUGGGCCUGUUUGUCAUUUCUUUUUAUUUGUUUGUUAUAUGUUUUUGUUGUUUGAAAUUAAAUGUAUCAUAAUAAAUUGAUUUUGUACAUAUGUGGAUAUAAGCACAAUGUAAAUUCUUAAAACAUACGUGGACCUCUACAAAGUAUGUGUGUGUUUGUGUUUGUGUGUAUGUGUGCGCGCGCGUGUAUGAAACAUUUUGUCAAGACGUAGCAAAUGAAGUCAGUCUCCUUCAGAUGAACAAAGAUGUAUUCAUUUAUUAAUUGUCGUUUUAAUAAAUCUCUGUUUGGAUCUGUGUGAAA